AUGGGGUGCCUUGGUUGGAUUUUCAGCUGGGUGAAAGUAUGUGAGCAUGCUUAUUCUUUGGCUCAAAAUUUAGAUCCUAAUAGCGAGGGAAGGGGCGUGUUACAGUUCAAGACUGGUUUGAUGUCUGUAAUCAAGCAAAAGCUUGCAAAGAGGGAAGGUGGAAGCAUUGACAGAAGUCUAGACAUUGCUCGCUUACAGGAGUUCUAUAAGAAGUAUAGAGAGAAGCAUAAUGUAGACGAGCUACGGGAAGAGGAAAUGAAGUUGAGGGAGUCGGGUGCUUUCAGUGGUGACCUUGGAGAGUUGGAACGUAAAACUGUGAAAAGGAAAAGGGUUUUUGCAACUCUGAAAGUAUUAGGGUCGGUACUUGAGCAGUUGACUGAGGAGGUUUCGCCUGAAGAGGCAGAAAAAUUAAUUCCUGAAGAGGUUUAA